CGAUACAAACAGAAAGUGCGGGGCGCUAAGGAAGAAAACAAGUGGAUUUACAACUACGCUGUCGGGGGGAUCUCCGAAGGCAGCACGGCUUUGAAUGCCAGGUCCUGUCUCUGGAUGGCGACCCUUUAAUGUAUUUUGUAUUGAAAAAGAAUUUGUAUUUGCUUGCAGAAAAUGGAAAGUGCGCGGGCUCCUGCUGCUUCAGCCUCGGUUUUGGAAUCUGCUAAAACAUGCGACAAGUUCAAGAGUGGCUGUGGCGGGGCUUCGAAUGUAUCGAGCGAGGCCGCUCCCGUAAGCUCUGCGGUCGGCAAUGGUCAUCCUGCGCACCUAGACGCGAUUUCUGCGGUGUCCGGCUCUCUGAUGAGGAGAAGGAGACGGCUCAAGAGGAAUCUCUCCGAGGCAACGGCAGUUACUCCAGCACUGACUGUCCCGCACACCCGAAGCUUAGACCGCAAGACCCUGCUGCGUCCUCGACAACCACAGCAGCUUCAGCUGGCCGAACGGGAGUGGGUACGUGCUGACCUGCACAGGGGCUGCCUGUACGUCUAUGAUCCGCAACAGCCGUUGUAUCAGCGGCCGGUGCUCUGUACGUUGGACAGCACUGCCGGGGAAGUGGCGCUGCGGCUCAGGCAGCUAGGCUGCAGAGGGGGCAAAGUGCUCAGAGUCGUCCCUGCCAGGAGCCUAUCGCAGGAGCGGCUUUACUUGGCCUUACCGCCUGAGAUGAUUCUUGAGCCAGCUCUGGACGGCCCAGGGGACACGUCGGCUUCAGAUUUUGAAGAACUGAGUCCUGGAGACAAUGUGUUGGACACCGACCAGCAGAGCUUGAGCAUAGGGGAGGAUCGACUGGAUGGGGAGUGUAGCUCCUCGGAUGAAUUGGACAACGAAGAAGCUACGGGAGUGCAAAGGGACGCCUCCUCCGCGCAAUCGAAUUCUCGUGUCCCUUGCACUGUUAGGAGAGGGGAGCGGGACAAGCAGAGGCGCGACUCCGCACCUACUUUAUUUGUGCAGUUGCACGGCGAAGCUGUCCGGCGAUUGCGACCAGAGGAAAAGCCACUCUGUAUCCAGAACGACUAUCUCUUCAAAUUAGGAUUUAAAGAUCCAUGGAGGGUACAAGAAGAGGGCAUGGAGGCUGAAAUAGGAUGCCUGAUUCGCUUCUAUGCAGGAAAGCCACAUAGUGUUGAAAACUUGGAGCGGAUUCAACUCUGCGGGACCUUUAAUGUUAGAAAAGGGAAGAUGCAGCUACCUGUAAACCGGUGGACUAAGCGACAAGUCAUAUUGUGUGGGACCUGUCUCAUUGUGUCAUCUGUUAAAGACUGCCACUCUGGAAAAAUGCAUAUCCUUCCAUUAAUUGGUGGAAAGGUCGAAGAAGUGAAAAAACACCAGCACUGCUUAUCCUUUAGCUCGUCAGGACCUCAAAGCCAAACAUAUUAUGUCUGUUUUGACAACUACACUGAAUACCUGCGGUGGUUGAGACAGGCUUCAAAGACUGUGUCACAGAGGAUAAGUUCAGUGGACCUGUCAUGCUGCAGCCUUGAACAACUGCCUGCCAACCUCUUUUACAGCCAGGAUCUGACGCACCUAAAUCUAAAACAAAACUUUCUUUGGUACAAUACUGGUCCAGUAGCCUGCAAUGGAUUAAAAGAUCUGAAGAGUUUUUCGAAGUUAAGAAGUCUCAAUUUGUCAAAUAAUCAUUUGGGUGAAUUCCCAGCUGCCAUCUGUGAGAUCCCAAGUCUAAAAGAAGUUAAUCUUUCUUGCAAUUUCCUGUCAUCUGUGCACAGUGCAGUUGGAAAUAUGCAACAUUUACAGACUUUUUUGCUGGAUGGUAACUGUCUCAGCUCUCUUCCGGAAGAACUGGGAAAUUUGCAGCACUUGAGUUACCUCGGCCUUUCAUUUAAUGAGUUUUCCGAUGUCCCUGCUGUUACUGAAAAGCUGACCUCAGUUGAUAAACUCUGCAUGUCUGGAAACAAUCUGCGUGACUUCCACCUUGGAUCUCUGAAACUGCAUCACAUAAAACAUAUUGAUUUGAGGCUCAACAGGAUGAAGGAAUUUAUUUUAAGCAGCAGUAAUUGUCUUCAAAAUGUUACCUAUCUUGAUCUGAGGGACAAUCAGUUAAUGGAGCUGGAUUCCACUGCUUUUGGUAAACUAGAAGUAUUACAUUGUGAAAGGAAUCAACUGGCAGCCCUUAAAGUCAAUGGAUUCUUGCUAAAGGGACUCCAUGCAUCCUCUAAUGAGCUUAAACAACUUGAUGUUUAUCCUGUCCCAAGCAAUCUCACCUACAUGGAUGUCUCUCGGAACUGCUUGGAGAGUCUGCCAGGUUGGAUAUGUGAAAGCAAGAAACUUGAAGUUUUAGAUAUUAGCUCUAAUGAAAUUUGUGAACUGCCUGCAAGGUUGUUCUGUAACAGUAGCCUUAGAAAGUUUCUUGUUGGUCACAACCAAUUGCGGCGGCUACCAGAUCGUCUUGAGCACACUCAUUUAGAGGUACUGGAUAUGCAGCACAAUGAACUCGUGGAGUUGCCUUCUAACCUUUUUAUCAAGGCAGACAACUUACGAUGUCUGAAUGCAUCUGCCAAUAAGCUAGAAACCCUACCCCCUUCAACGCUAUCAGAGGAAAGUCACAGCAUCCUUCAAGAGCUCUAUUUAACUAAUAACAAUCUAACUGAUAAAUGUGUGCCACUGUUGACAGGUCACUGUCGUCUUCGUAUUCUUCAUCUUGCCUUCAAUUGUCUGCAGAGCUUUCCAGCAAGUAAAAUGGCCAAGUUGGAACAGCUUGAAGAAGUGAAUUUAAGUGGAAAUAACCUUAAAGCCAUUCCAACUACAAUCAUGAAUUGCAGGCGAAUGCACACUGUCAUUGCACACUCAAACUGCAUUGAAGUCUUCCCUGAAGUCAUGCAGCUUAUGGAUGUAAAGUGUGUUGAUUUGAGUUGUAAUGAAUUGAGUGAGAUCACCUUACCUGAAAAUCUGCCUCCAAAACUACAGGAACUGGACCUAACUGGAAAUCCCAGGCUGACUCUAGAUCAUAAAACCUUGGAACUACUGAAUAACAUUCGGUGUUUUAAAAUUGAUCAGUCAUCGACUUCAUUCUCAAAUAGUGACACUUCAGGUGCACCUGCUAUUUGGAGUCAUGGGUAUACUGAAGUUUCAGGUGUCAAAAACAAGUUGUGUGUAGCAGCCCUAUGUGCCAAUAAUUUCUGUGAUAACCGGGAGGCUGUGUAUGGAGUCUUUGAUGGAGAUCGCAAUGCAGAAGUGCCUUCUCUUUUGCAGUGCACCAUGAGUGAUGUACUUGCAGAGGAGCUGCAUAAGAGCAAGAGCGAAGAGGAGUACAUGACCAAUACUUUUCUUGUUAUGCAAAGGAAACUUGGAACUGCUGGGCAAAAACUGGGAGGCUCAGCAGUACUCUGCCAUUUAAAACAUGAUCCCCUUGAUCCUGGAGGCUGUUUCACUCUCACAAGUGCAAAUGUGGGAAAAUGCCAAGCAGUUUUAUGUAGAGAUGGCAAACCACUGCUCCUGUCAGCUUCACACACGGUCAACUGGGAAGAAGAGCUUCAGAGAACUAAGCAGCAAAAAUGUAUCAUCACAGAGGAUAAUAAAGUUAAUGGAGUGACAGAUUCAACAAGAAUUCUCGGGUACACAUUUCUUCACCCUUCAGUCAUUCCUCGACCUCAUAUCCAGUCUGUGACACUUAGACCACAGGAUGAGUUUUUCAUUUUGGGCAGCAGAGGCUUAUGGGACAGUGUUUCACCAUGUGAGGCAGUGGAAGCUGUACGUAAUGUUCCAGAUGCUUUAGCAGCAGCUAAAAAGUUAUGCACAUUGGCUCAGAGCUACGGCUGCAAUGACAGUAUAUGUGCUGUGGUGGUACAGCUCAAUAUUACAGAGGACUGCUUCUGCUGUUGUGAGCUAAAUGCUGUACCUCCACCCAGCCCAGGUAUCUUCCCGCCAUCUGUGAGUGUUGUGAUCAAGGACAGGCAAACCCCUUCGGACACACUAGGUAUGCCUUCUUCAAGCAGUGGCAUGGCCUCUGAGAUUAGCAGUGAAAUAUCUACCUCUGAAAUGAGUAGUGAGGUUGGCUCCACGGCAUCAGAUGAGCCUCCACAAAGUGUGGUGAUAAAUGAUAACAGCAUAAUGGCCUGCACCAAUGAACAGCGUUAUUGCACACUACACCCUGUGUGUCUGUCAGGCUCUUUUCAGCGCCAGUUGUCUAGUGCUACAUUUUCUAGUGCCUUUUCUGACAAUGGUCUGGAUAGUGAAGAUGAAGAGCCUAUUGCUGGUGUUUUUUCCAAUGGUAGUCGAGUUGAGGUGGAAGUGGAUAUCCACUGUCUUCAUGCAAAGGAGAAAAUGGUCUCUUCAAACCCCCAGUCAGUCACUGAAACUUGUGAUGAGGGAAUCGUUAUAAGCUCAAAUGAGGAGGAUCCCACUAGUAGCAUUAUUUUACCAGAUCGAACCCUACUUUUGAAGCUCCACACUGAUGAUGUCUCUACAGAGCGACUGCAGAGAAAGGGUAUGGACUACAUGAUGGGCACUUUGGGCAGAAGGCGAGCAAAUGGCUCUAUCGCUCCUUUAGAAAAUAGCCACAACGUAAUUGAAGUGGCUGCUGAUGCCCCCACCAAAAAAAAUGGAGGUUACUUUGCAGCUCCUGCACAGCCUGACCCAGAUGACCAGUUGAUAAUUCCUCCUGAACUUGAAGAGGAGGUCAAAGAGAUCAUGAAACACCACCAGGAGCAGCAACAGCAACAGCAGCAGCAGCGGCAGUUCCAAGCGGACCAAAUGCCUGACUAUUAUGACACUCCUCUGUGAUUACGGGAGGAGAUGGAGAAGAUUUCUGCUGUAUGUGUGUACAUAUAAAUAUAUAAAAAUAUGCAUUCCAAAAUAUUUUUUUAAA